CUACAACUUUAACGACAUGCAAUCGAUUCAAUGAGAGCAUGUCCCAUCAAAAGAUCAUAUAACAUACAAAGAAGCGGAGCAUUUGUACGAAAUCUAUCAAGACCUCGAUCAAGCGCAUCUUUGCAAAGAGGAGGAAUACGUCCGGCUACCGUAGUCUCGCAAGUGCCUCGUCCAGCUGUGGAUAGAUCAUUUAGCAUGCAUGCCACUCAGCCUCUCUAUGCAUCUCCCUCUGCUGAUUCGCAUUCAGUGGGAAAUGGAGAUUAUCUUCCCAAGAUCGAGUUGACACCAAUCGAAAGUGCAAUUUGUCAGCUACUUGAUGAUGCCUGUCGAUGGAUCGAGAAACACCAACCGCAGCCUGAUCCAGAACGAUCCGAGAAUGCACAAGUAGACUAUCGUGAUGGCUGGACUUGUGAAGCGAGAAUAGCUGGAGGCUGGGUGAGAGAUAAACUUUUGGGACAAGCCUCGCACGACUUGGACGUCUCUUUGUCAAGUUUAACGGGCUACGUCUUUGCUUUAUUCUUAGAAGCCUAUUUGCUCUCACCGGAAUUCUUGCAAUCAGACUUGGCUCAGAAUUCAUCCUCUCCAUUCCACGCACACUCAUCAGAAACGAAUCAGCUUGUAGGGCACAUAACAAAGAUUGCCGCCAAUCCCGAUCAGAGCAAGAAUCUAGAAACUGCAACUGCAAUAGUGGCAGGUUUGUCUCUUGAUUUCGUCAAUCUGCGUAAAGAAGUGUAUGUAGGAAAUAGCCGUAUUCCGAUCAUGACAUUCGGUACUGCUCUUGAAGACGCUGAACGUAGGGACAUUACCAUCAAUUCGCUCUUUUACAACGUUCACACCCGUCUUGUCGAAGAUUUCACAGGUAAGGGCCUAUCCGACAUGCGUGACCGAAUCAUUCGAACACCUCUCGAGCCUCAGCAAACGUUUUUGGAUGAUCCCCUACGUGUGCUGCGCUGUGUUCGUUUCGCAAGUCGUCUUGGAUACAUUAUCGAUCAAGAGAUCUUCUCUUGUCUUAAAGAUGAACGAGGCGCGGAAAUUCGUUUGGCUCUUUCAUCAAAAGUUUCUCGAGAACGCUUUGGGAUCGAAGUGAACAAAAUGAUGCUCGGACCAGAUCCUGCAGGAGCUCUUGCGUUGAUUGAAAAGAUGCAUUUGUACGAUGUCGUUUUUGGUCCGCCUCCCGGUGAAAUAAUACGUGCAAGCAAAUUAGGUCAUGAAGAAGUCGAAAGAGCUGUCUUGUUACUUGCCGCAAUUCGUACCAUCCGUGACGAGCACGGCAUUGCUGAUAUUCCAUUCUUGAGCAACAUCAAAGAUGACGAGGAAUCGCAAAGGCUUUUGUACUAUUCCGCAGCCCUGCUGCCGCUUAGAUCCGCAGAGUGGGAAGAGAAGAAGGGUAAGUGGCAAUGGGCGGGAGCAUGUGUGAUAUUGCGGGGGCUCAAACUGGCCGUCAGACAGACAAGAGAGCCAUUAAUUUGUCUCUGGAAAUCAGCAAAUAUUCUACACAGACCAACUAAAGAGGUUUUCGAUCCAAGUAAUGAGCAAUACAGAGGACGAUUCAUCCCAUCUCUCGGAUCAAACAAGAUCAGUGACAGGGCGACAAGAGCUCUUCUCGCUCGUCAUCCAGAGUUACACAGGACAGACAUUGGAGUUACCAUCGAGUUGCGUUUGUUAUGGUCGCUGAUCUCAGAUUUGACAUUAGACGAAAGCCUUUGGUCAUCAUCAACGCCCUCAGCGCAUGAAGCAGAAAAGGCUCUUCAAUCACACAUUGCUGAAAGCUACUAUGACUUCUACCGUCAAUUGGAAGAAGAAGGCUUACUUUCCCGCAUCGAUGAGCGUGUGAUUCUAGAUGGAAAGGAGAUAUUGGAAACGUUACAGGUCAAACCGGGUGCGUUGAUGUCAAUCAUUACGAAACAAGUUGAAGCAUGGCAAUUCGAUAGAGAUUUGCGAAAUCAUUCGAUUGAGGAUGCCAAGACAGAGUGCAAACAGUGGCUUCGAUCAGAAUGGGAUCGUGGUGGGAUUGUACCUUUAGACGAGCGGGCGGCAAAACCU